AUGGAUGCAGUUUUAAGAUGUUUUCAAAACGGCUAUUUUGAUUUUUAUUUGGCCGAGUUCCUGCGGUUUGAUUCAGCGCCUUUAGGUGGAAAUUUACAACUGAAAUCUAUCGCGGACGAUAAACUGGUUCAGCUGGUAAAAUGCACUUUAGAUUUGAAAGCGGAAUACGCCAGUCAUUGUACAUCCGGGAACUUUAGCCCGCGUCUAUUUGAGCUGUGUAACGAACAGCUAAAAGUCUUAAACAGACUUUCAGAUGGAGAAGCGGCUUGGAUUACAGGACCGCUGUGGAUUAGCGCCAGACAACUGCUAAAGAUAAGCAGGUACCUUGACAAACAACAGUCAUCUUUUAAAGGUGCACAUGGCAAGCAGCGGGCAAAACAAAGAUCCAAGGGGGAUCUGGAGGACGAGAAGUUUCUGGAGAAAUGCGUUAGGGCAAUCCACACAAGCUUCAAGUUGUGUCUUAACGACCGCAACCCUAAUGCGCAGGAAAACAAAAAAUGGGGUGUUUAUUUCUUUACAAACCUGGAGCUGGCCAUUUACCAACAGCUGCACAACGCUGACAUGAUCAGAAACUUGGUGAAAGUGAUCGAGAGCCGGACUACAGAGCUGCCCACGCCUGAGCAGGCAUUGUGGGCGCACAAGGCUCAGCUGGUCACAUACCACCACUAUAUGGCCCGGUACUACGGGUGCUACGAAAUGGACUACGAGCGUGGGUUUGUAUUUGCGCAAAAAGCGUGGCUGGCGUCCAGGAAAACGCACCCUGGACCGCAAGAAAAUGCCAUUUGUGGGUUGUUGAUACCAUUUGCGGUGCUGGCGCGCAGAUGGUACCCAGACCUUGCAGCGCUAGAUUUGAUCAGGCCUGCCGUUGCGGAGUUUUACCGUCCCGUGGUGGAAUGCUUGCGGAACGGCGAUCUGCUGAAAUACGAGACAUGGCUUACUGCAAACGAGCCCACGCUGCUGCAACGCAAUUUGUAUGUGGCCAUGGUCGCGAUGCGAGAGCUGGUUGUGCUAAAACUAGUGAAACGAACCGUGGAGCUGACGGGAGCGGGUCCAAUUGUCCCGUUACACUUGAUGGCCGCUGCACUCGUGUACAGUGAUACCCAUCGUGGUCCCCGGAACGACAACACGUCCGAUGUGACGUCUGACGAUCCCACUUUCCUAGACCGCACCGAAUGUAGCCUGGCAAACCUGAUUGCCAAGGGCUACAUCAAAGGUUAUUUGUCGCAUUCCAAUCGUGCACUUGUUCUCAGCAAGACCAAUGCAUUUCCCAAGCUCGUUCUAGGUGACUGUGAGUCUGUGAAAUAUUGA